ACGUUUUGGUCAGCUGACCUUCGUGAGCGGUGACGUGGAAACACAGUAUGUAAGCAGGAAGAGCGCAUUUACCAUAAUAACGAUGCUAACCGGGGAUACCAACGAUGAAGAUGUGUCUCUGUUCGAUGCUGAAGAGGAUUCGGGGAGAAAGUCAAAGAAGACGGGUGUUAGGCACCCGGUGGCGUCUUUCUUCCACCUCUUCUUCAGAGUCAUCGCCAUCAUUGUCUAUCUGCUCUGUGAGUUAAUCAGCAACAGCUUCAUCGCCUGCAUGGUCACCAUCAUCCUCCUCCUGUCAUGUGACUUCUGGACAGUGAAGAACAUCACUGGCAGGUUAAUGGUUGGUCUGCGGUGGUGGAACCAGGUGGACGAUGACGGUCGGAGCCACUGGGUUUUUGAAUCCAGGAAGGGCUCUGGGAAGCAGCAAGUGUCCAACUCAGAUUCUCGAAUCUUUUGGCUUGGACUGAUAAUUUGCCCAAUCAUCUGGGUCCUAUUUGCCUUUAGCACACUGUUUUCCUUCAAGAUUAAAUGGAUGCCGGUGGUGAUCAUGGCUGUGGUGUUGCAAGGGGCCAACCUUUACGGGUACGUGCGGUGCAGAGUAGGAGGGAAGACCAACCUGAAGAACAUGGCCACCAACUAUUUUGGUCGACAGUUCCUGAAGCAGACGCUGUCGAAAGAAGAGGAGUCGUAGGCUUCAGCUCUGCGACGAAGAACCCAUACAUCACACCUAAUGCUGUGAUCUAUUCUUUUACCAAAAGGACACGUAGAAACAUGUUUUAGUCCAGCCGUAGACGGGUUAGAACAUGUGGCUGACUAAAGCCGUUGUCUGUGUUUUCCCAGCAAUAUACAGCUUCAAACCAUCGCUACAGGUGGGACAUGUUAAUGGUACAACUUUACAUUAGCAUGUAGUGUAUCGAGCCUUUUUGUUUGUCUCAUGUUUUUAGUUCUAGUCACUUCAGGACAGCUGGAAGGCUUUGAGGAUGGUUGUAAAACAUGUUUCCUUUGCAGAACUUACUCCAAAGUAUUCCAAGUCAUUUGUAAAUAUGUAAGUAAGGAUGCCGUAUAAAGCCUUUUUGUGCAAAUACAUUUGUAACAUUUUCCUGAAAGUGUGAGCUCUUAUUAAAAAUAAAUCAAUAAAAGUCAGUAUUGGAGACGCUGCAGAAUCCACUGAAGGAGCAGUGACUGCAGUUAGUCUGGAAGCAUGAAGCCUCAAACUCCAUCCCACUUCCAGAGUCAAAGUUAGGAUCUGAGUUUCAAAUCAGAGGAUCUUUCUCAGUCUCUGGGUGGAUUUUCUUUUUGUAGAUGAGUUUUUUUUCCCAGUGUUAUUGAAGUUGCUAUCAGUCAGAUUGUCGGGAAAAUUAAACUGUGU